AUGGCAAUAAUUGAUUUGAAGUUUUGUCCAUCUUCUAAUAAGCUAAUAAAAAAUAAACUAUUAUUAAAUUACCUAAAAAAUAUAAAUGCUCUUAAGCAGAAAAUUACAUUGUCUUGUAAAACUGCUAUAUUAACAGAGAUUUAUGGAUCUUAUGUAAUAACCAAGGCUAUAUUGGGCUUAGUUUAUGCAGAAUAUUAUGCUGAAAUUUAUCUUGAUGAUAAAGAAGUUGAUAAAAUUGAUGAUGGAAGUAAUACAGAGUCAGAAAAACAAUUAAAUAAAUUAAUCGAAAAAUUAGUUAAAACUUUUGAAAAAUUUGAUCAUACAACAGAAUCAUUUAGUGCUGAAAAGUACCCUACAAUAUCAAUCAUAUAUUCCAUUAUUGAACUCCUGAAAUUCAAAUUCGCAGUAGAUCCAAAUCUUCUCUUGGUUGAUGAUGAUUAUAAUCUAAAUAAUGAAUAUGAAUUGGAUAUAAACAGUGAUAGUGAAGAUGAAAAAAAUUAUACUCAAAAUAUCCUUAACAUUCAAUCAACAAUUGCUCAAGGAACUUCAAUGUUCACUGGCUUUAUAGCAACUUUAUUAGAUCCAAGGCUCAAAAAAAUGCACCCUUGGUCUGAAGAACUACAGAAAGAAACAAUUAGAAUAUGCUGUGAAAAAU